AUGCUCACAGAUCGGGCGUAUAAGCGACCAAGGGACGGCGAAGCUUUUGACACCACGGUCUUUGAAGAGCGUUAUCAUGGUGCUGCCCCGUCGGAAGUUCCGGAAUCAAUAUGUUGUAGCCCAACGAAGAAGCAUAGGACGAGCUUGGGCCACGAUGACACGCUGAUGCACAAUGAUUUUAUGAUGGACAGCGCAUCGGACAGCACUCAGUCGUCGUUAUCAACGACUUCUUUCAGUGAUAUGGUAGAAGUGCUUGAUGCGGAGACUCUCAAAACCAUCGUCAAUGUCCUGGCUACGCAGUCGUCGGUCGCACAGAGUCUAGUUUCCGUGGCAUAUAGUCAGACUUUGCAGGGCAUUGACUUCAGGAAUUAUGCCCAGAGAGUAGACUCCAUCAUCAGUGGAAAGUCUGAGCAGUAUUCGUCGCCCGGGUCCGCCUGCGCAGGCGUGCGGGCCUGCAUUGCUGCAAUUGCCGUGCGAGUUGGGCCACAAAGCCCGUUCAACACAAAACGAAGUGCGCUUGAGGCGCUGCACGACAUAGCAUUAACUGUUAUUCGCACGGACAGAUCUCGGCAGUCAAUAGAGGUCAAAAGAGAGUUUGAAAAGGACGACUGUAUUGUACAGCUUAUGCUGCAGAUCAUUCAGACCAUGCCCAUGGAGGAGAGAUUAGGAGUCGGGAGAGGAUUUACCUCUUACGGGUCGACACUACUUGACAGCAUCCGAUACGUCCACGAAAAAUCCGUGGAAAACUAUGUGGCCGGGUUCUACGACUUAGCGCUGGUACUUCACGCGCUCGAAAGCGGACCGUCUAUUGCAGUGGUGCAGAAUCAUGGCCUUAGGCCGUGA